ACAAAGGAAUCUCACGUAUAUAUAUGUAUAGUAAAAACACCGAUCUAUUAUUUCGCCUAUCAAAAACAAUUUAUUAUUGGCUUAUUUGUAAAUUAUUGUCAUUAAUGAAAUAAUUCGAACAAUUUAUUUAAAAUGGAACAAUCUUGUCUAAAUGCAAUUCUACGAACGAAUAGAAUGUGUUCAUAGUUUUGUGAUUUUGGAAUAUUGAUCGUGUAAUGAGGAAGAUUUGUGCUUCAAAUACAGUUUGACUUACAAAAAUAAGUUUUCGAAUAGAUCGUGAAAUACUAUAGAUGCAUAUUUUUUAAUAUGGAAAGGUCGAAUCAUUAUUUCUGAUAGAGAAAUUGCCUAUCAAGAAAGAACAUGAAUGAUUGGCACUGUUGAUCAUUCGAAGAUUUAGUUUUUGUUCCUUGAGAGUCGCUGUUUCUGCCUCAUCUUAGUGAAAUGUAUAAUUGGCAUGGCUUUGUGAUAGUGAAUAGUCAAUUAAUCGGAUAUUGGCUUAGGUCUUGAUAAAUAUAAUGUAAACAAGACACUUUUCUUUUAUUCAUGUCAUGGAGAAUAUACUUUUUUAAGCUUGGAUAUGGUAACUAUGAAUUCUGAACAAUCGGCAUGUCGCCGAAAACCAGGUGAAAAUAAUGACAUUGGAGGAACAGCUGAUCCAUAUAGAAGUAGAGAUAAUCAAAUAGAUCAAUGUAACAAUCAAAAUGGCCAAGCAGUUGACAAAUCUCCAAGUAGUCCCACAUAUCAUAUCACUGCCUCAUGUGCCGAAGAUACACCUAAUUAUCUUGUGUAUCAGAAAAUGGAAGAUAUCGUAGAAAAAAUGUCAGAUGAAGUUACAGGUGUUCCAGUGAAAACGGUAAAGAAUUUUAUGACAAAAACACCUUCUGUUUUUACUGGUACAGAUUUAAUAUCAUGGAUGAUGAAGGCCAUGGCUAUAGAUGAUCAAGAGGCACUUCAUGUGGCACAUCUUAUGGCAUCUCAUGGAUAUUUCUUCCCUAUUGAUGACCACUGCCUUACUGUAAAAAAUGAUAAUACUUUCUAUAGGUUUCAAACACCAUAUUUUUGGCCAUCAAAUUGUUGGGAACCAGAAAAUACUGAUUAUGCUGUCUAUUUAUGCAAAAGAACGAUGCAAAAUAAAACACGUUUAGAAUUAGCAGAUUAUGAGGCUGAAAAUUUAGCUAAGUUACAGAAAAUGUUUUCGAGGAAAUGGGAGUUCAUUUUUAUGCAAGCAGAAGCACAAAGCAAAGUCGAUAAAAAGCGAGAUAAAUUAGAAAGAAAGGUACUGGAUAGUCAGGAAAGAGCUUUCUGGGAUGUAUAUAGACCAAUGCCUGGAUGUGUUAAUACGACAGAAAUGGACAUUAAGAAAGCAUGCCGUACUUAUAAACCAAUUUCGAAGUUAAACAAACAUUUAGGUAUGACUAGUACCGACAUUCCUUCACAUUCAGGAUCGUUCUCGAUAUCAUCGAUAGAAUCGUUAAAUAAGGAGAUUGAAAUGUUGAAAUCUAGACUAGAUAGAUCGAAUAUAAAAGUCUCGAAAGUUUCAGAAGCUCUGAUUGCAUAUUUUGAGCAGUAUGUAGAGUAUGAUCCUUUUUUCAUACAACCUGAAUUCACAAAUCCAUGGAUAUCAGAUAAUCCUGAAAUGUGGGAGCAAGAAAAAUUAGCCAAAGAAAUAUCAACAAGAAGAGUAAAAAGAUGGGGUUUUAGUCUUCAAGAAUUGCUACAAGAUCCUGUUGGUAGAGAACAAUUUAUACGCUUUCUGGAUAAAGAGUUCAGUGGUGAAAAUCUAAAAUUUUGGGAAGCCGUGCAAGAAUUGAAAACAUUACCUCAAAAAGAAGUUCAAAAUAAAGUGAACGAAAUUUGGAAUGAGUAUUUGGGUCCAGAUGCUAGUUGUCCAAUUAACGUCGAUUGCCAGUCCUAUGAGCUAACAAAGAAGCAUUUACAAAAACCUGAUCGAUGGUGUUUCGACAUAACAGCGGCGCACGUUUAUCAUCUGAUGAAAAGCGAUAGUUACUCCAGGUAUCUUCGCUCGGAAAUGUAUAAGGAUUUUCUCAGUGGCUCGAAGAAAAAGACUUCGGUAAAAGGUAUUCGUUCUAUUGUAUCGUUCAGCGGGCGCAGAGACACAGCCACGUCGUAAUCACCAGCUUAAAAAUUUUUCAUAAAUGGUUUUGGGAAUCUUUCCAAGUCUCGUGUUAUGUUUUCGUAUUCAGAAUGAUUCGAAGAGGAGACAAUGCAGUUCAUUUUAUUACUAUCACGCUAAAAAAGAGUAAGUAUGCAAAAUACUUUAAAUCCGCAUCUAGCGCAAUUUUCCACUUGCUUCCAUACAAUUUUUUGUAGAAUAAUUGAGUCUCUUGGAAGCCAAACUGAUCAACUCCAUUUUUUGUCAAUUUUUUAAUUUUAUUAUCUAUGUAUACAAUUAAUAAAUGUUCAAUUCUAAGGACGUUUAAAGAACGGUGUUUGUAACAUCAUCUUCUACCUUUUAUUUUAUGGAAUUGAUCAGAAUGAUUCUUAAACAGCUCAGUGAUAAAUUAUACCAAGCCCUGAAAUAGGUUUUGUAAAUAAUUUAUUCCAAUAGACGUAUUAUUAGUACAAGCAAAAACUGUAUAACUGUAUAGAGCAAUUCUAUAAACAUUUAUUUAUUAAAUUACACGUCAUUAAUGAUAUUUAAUUAUUUAUAAUUAUUAUAAUAUAUUUUUCCCAAGUAUAGGUAGUCUAAAUUAAUGUAAACACUACAAUUGUAAAAUAAUAAUUCUACAUGGAAUUCUAAAGAGACUAUCAAGAAUUUCUCAAAUAUGAAAUUUUGAUAAGUUGAUAUUCCAUCGACAAAAAUUAAUUAUGUUCAGGUAUGCAUAUGUUUAAAAGAAAAGAAAAAAGCAUCUCAGAUUAUUAACUGUUACAACAGUCAGAAACUAAAAUGCAUGAUUAACAUGUAAUGAUUAAUAGUACAUUAGUAAUUAUUAUACAAUAAAAUUUUACUAAAGCACAUGUUCCACUAUACUCUUCCAUAUCUUACAAAAAUGAAAUGUUUGUCAAUACAAUAAGUAUUGUAUUAAGUAAAGUAAUUGAGAUCAAAUAUUAAAAAUAUAACUCCUACAUUUCUGAGUAACACAUAACUCUUGUAUGCCUUUGACAAUGUUUAAAAUCUACAGUAUUUGUUUAAGAUUAAUAAAGAAAGAAACAAUAGGAUACCACACACCUAUUUUCGUAUCAAUUAUAUUUUUCAUGAAUAGACAAAUACGCCUGUAGUGACGAAAAUAUUAUACGAAAAGUUAUCAAGCAUUUGCAAUCUUGUAAUAUUUAUUAUAUUAAAACGUAUUGUAAGCCAGGUAUAUAUUAGAAGAACAAAAUGUAAUUAUAAAUAUAAGAUAGUAUAAAAAAGAACAGUGAUGUAUGAUCUUUUA